AUAUUGCUCUACGUUAUACAGCAGAUGUAGCGUCUCAACCUCACCCUCUCGUGUUACCUGUGUACAUAUUUUCCCUUCCCAAAUUAUAAGUUAUUUCAAACAACUGGUGUUGUGACGGUGGGUGUGUGAUUCACAGCUGACUGGGUAAACAAACAGAGGUAAGAUCCACGUGAUAAGACUUCAGUGUGGAUUGUACAGUAUGUGAUAACCGGGCAGGACAGUACAGCAGUGAGACAGGCCUCUUCCCUCACACCUCCAUAACUCAGAAGAUAUGAAUUAGCUGCCUAGAUCACUAAUACAUCAAUAGAAGAGCAAGAAAUGGAUAUUCUUCAGAAGCUUCAAGAUCCACAGUUGGUGGCAGAUGUCCAACACUUCUUUGGGGUGCAUCGUAAGAAUGCUAAAGUUGGCCAAAAGAACUACGUUGAUGGGGAUCAUAUACUCUCUUCGCAGACCAGUUUACAAAACAGACACACAAAUAUGAAUCUAAUGGAUCGGUACCUGGACGAACAAUCUGGUAAACAAGGACUACAAGUUAGAAGAAAGUAUCAGAAGGAGAUGCACAAAACUCACAUACGUCAGGACUCUGCAGCCAGUGUCAGCAGCACAGCGAGCGAUGGCAGUAAUGGCAGUGGCAGGACAUGGAUGGGUAUGCUGCUUGGUGAAAACACUGGAGGAACAGAAGGAAGCAUGGAGGAGGACAACACUGUGUCUGAGUCAGAGUUAGAGGAAACUUCGUAUGAGAUCAAGGAUAGGUUUUGGUACCAUCUCUUCUUCUUUGCAACAAGCUUGGGAGGAGAGUUGUUCUAUUCCGUGUUCUUUUGCUUCUGGUCAUGGAAUGUGGACGGUGCUGUAUUACGAAGAGUUAUUGUUAUUUGGAUGAUUACUAUGUAUAUUGGACAAGCCUUAAAAGACAUUCUGAAAGUUCCUCGUCCAGCCUGCCCCCCGGCGAUUCGGUUAGACCCCAAGUGGCAGCUGGAGUACGGUCUGCCCUCCACACACGCGAUGGUUGGUGCUGCCAUGCCGUUCUCCAUCCUCAUCCUCACGCUUAAUCGUUAUCAACUUGACUGGGGUUGGGGACUGGCCAUUGCAAUCACGUGGUGUACCUGUGUUUGUUUGUCAAGACUGUACCUGGGCAUGCACAGUGUUUUGGAUGUGUUGUGUGGCUUGGUGUUGGUGACUGUACUGCUUAUCAUGAUCUUGCCGUGGGUGGAUACUCUUGAUCACUUGGCCCUGACCCACCCGGCCUCUCCUGUCAUCUCCAUUACGCUAACAAUCGCCAUGGUCGUCUGCUACCCUGCCACUGACCGUUGGACUCCUGCUAGGGGUGACACAACUGUUAUUGUUGGCGUAGGCUGUGGAUCCCUGCUGGGGUCCUGGGUCAACUACCAGAUGGGAAUUAUCCGUGAGCCAUCACUACCUCCACCUUACUCUGUCAUCUGGCCAUCGCUCAACAUGAUCGGACUCUCACUGCUUCGCACAGUACUUGGACUAGUCAUCAUAGUGGCUGUCAGGGCAAUUUUUAAGUCAUUAUCUUUUGCCACCAUUUGUGCAUUACUUCAGGUAAAAGCUGAGGAUUACGUGAACAAGACCGGGAGCAUCACUGUUCGCCGACGCCUCGUUGUUGAACUGUUCUACAAAUUCAUCACAUAUAUUGCAAUCGGGUUCACAGUUGUUUACACAGGACCAAUGGCCUUCCGUCUCAUUGGCAUAGAGAGGCCGACCUUUUACACUGAAAUAUAAUUAGUAAGCUGCUUUUAUUGGUGAACCAAUAAAAAUGUUACAAAGAAACAAUAAUUCUAUAUAUUGUGAUUCAUUAUUUCCAUAUCAAGUUUGUUAGGUAUUUGUUGAUCAGUGUUGACGUAAUGUUGAUAAAAAGCGGAGACAUUGUAUAUAUAUAUGUAGAAGAUUUGAUGUUUUGUAAACAAAUAUUAUAUUCUUUGUGAUAAUAUUUCAUGCUUUUAAUGGGAUGCUGAAUAUUAAUAUAUUUCUCAUCAAGCAUGAAAUAUUGUGAGAAAGAAAUCAGCUGUUCUAUAUUUUGUAUAUCAAGAGCAUAUAAUUUUUUAUCGUUAUCUGAUUUCACAAGAUUAUUGAAAAUUGCACAGGUAAGUUGUAGGUUGAUUUUGAUCAUAACUGUUACAGGUACAGUAGGCCCUCAAUUCGUGGGGGUUAGGUUUUCAGAAUGGCCACAAAUCACCAAAUCCGCAAAUAAAGUUUGCUGACCGGGGAGGGGUACAUUUUUUCUUGUGUACAAAGAAAUGUAUAUUCCCAUUAUGUGUUUGCCCUUAGGACAAUUAUUUCUUUUACCUGUAUUGUAUAUAUGUGUAUGUGUUCAGCACACAUAACACAUACAA